AUGCUCGCAGUGACGCUAGGCUUGGCCGGCCUCGUCUACUGGCUCUACUACCAGCUCGUCCACAGGCUCAAGGCGUACCCGCCCGGCCCACGGCCACUACCAUUUAUUGGAAAUGUUCAUCAGAUCAACCUCGCCAACCCGGCCGAGUCGAUGCUCGCGUGGCGGGCCAAGUACGGCCCGGUGUUCACCAUCUGGAUGCCGAAGCCGAUCGUCGUGUUGGCCUCGCACAAGACGCUUCAAGAGGCCCUCGUCAAGCAAGGCGACGCUUUUGCCGGCCGGCCUACUAGCUUCUUGUGGAGUCUCUUCACCAGGGGAAGGAAAGAUGGCGAUGGGAUCAUUUUGUGCCAAAAGGAACGCUGGCAACAAAACCGAAUGUUCGCCCUGCGGACAUUCUCGGAAUUCGGCAUGGGAGGCGACAUGAUGGCCCAAAAGGUCAUGCUCCAGGCCGAAACCCUCGUCGACCACAUCCGCGAGCGAAUGGACGGCGCCAAGUCGAUGGUGUUCGACCCGCACUAUCCUCUUGCCAACUGCGUCGGCAACAUCAUCCACGAUCUCAUCAUCGGCAAGACGUUCGCCUAUGGGGACGCCGAGUUCGACAGGUUCAAGAACUUGAUCGACAGCACGCUCAAGGAUGUCGCCUCCUGGCAAAUGAUGAUGUGCGACACCUACCCGUUCUUGGCCCGCUUCUUCCCAUCCUUCUACCGCUACAAGAAGAACGGCUUCGCCCUCCAGCAGUGGUUCCUCGACGAGAUCGAGCGACACGAGGAAAACCUGAGCUGCGACGGCGAUCCGCGCGACUUCAUGGAGGCGUACCUGCGCGAAAUGAAGUAUAGGCCGAAUAAUGAGAAUUUUAACAAGCUGACCCUGGCGCUGACGUCGGGCGACUUGUGGACGGGCGGCAUGGAGACAUCAGUAACCACCCUCCGCUGGGCCAUCAUGUUCCUCAUGUACUACCCGAAUAUUCAAGAAAAGCUGCACGAAGAGAUUGAUACGAUGUUGCAAGGAAAUCGCGUCAACUUCCGUGAUCGUCACGUGCUACCGUACACCAUGGCGACGUUGGCCGAGCUGCAGAGGAUUUGCAACGUGUUGCCGUGGCAUAUUCCGCAUCGGGUGCUCUCCGACGCGGUCGUCAACGGCGUGCCCCUCCCCGCCGGCACGGACAUUAUGCCACAAUUCGGAGCCGUCCACACCGAUCCGGAGGCGUUCCCCGAGCCCGAGGUCUUCAGACCGGAGAGAUUCCUCUCCCCGGAGGGCAAAUUCGCGAACCGCGACGACGUCAACCCGUUCGGGCUCGGCAAGCGGCAAUGCCUGGGCGAGAAGCUGGCCCGGCACGAGCUCUUCCUCCUGUUCGUCACCAUCUUGCAGGAGUUCCGCUUCGAGAAGAUCGAAGGAGCCCCACUUCCGACCCUGCAGCGCUCGCCGGGCAUGACGUCCGUGCCGCAGGCGUUCAACUGCCGUAUCUACGCACGGCGCACGCAAAAGCAAGCCCCCGCCGAGAACAACAACCACGAAGGGCUCCCCAACCUCAACCAA